UGCUCACUACACACUUUCCAUCUUGAGGUAGAACGAUCCCAGAGCGGAGGCAGCGCGAAAAGUGAAAUGCACUUACAAGGACUCAAGGUUUCGCUACAGUAGAAACGGAUCAUCGUAAAUAUACUCUCGCCAUUAAGUUAAUGAGAAAAUGUCAAAAUCUGUUGAUCAUUUUGACGAAUCUAAUUGUGUUUGUUCCUUUGGGAUGAAACUUACCUGGGAUAUCAACGACCCAAAACUGCCACAGGACAUCAAACAAUAUGACGCUUUUCAAGAAUGGACAGAUGGGUAUGUACGGUACAUCUACAGUGCAGAAGAUAAGAAUGCGCAGAGGCAUCUAAGCGGAUGGGCCAUGCGAAACACCAAUAAUCACAACUGCCAGAUCCUCAAGAAGUCCUGUCUUGGGGUGGUCAUCUGCAACAGGAACUGCUCGUUACAUGAUGGCAGCAAAAUUCAGCUCAGGCCAGCGAUUUGUGACAAGGCACGGCAGAAACAGCAAAAAAAACUGUGCCCCAACUGUAAUUCGCCGUUAGAGCUUGUGCCUUGUCGAGGACACAGUGGGUACCCAGUGACUAACUUUUGGAGAAUAGAUGGCAAAUCCUUAUAUUUUCAGGCUAAAGGGGUCCAUGACCACCCUCGCCCAGAAAGCAAAUCAGAGACAGAGGCCAGAAGGAGUGCUGUUAAAAGAAGAAUGCCAUCUCCUCAUUUCUCCCAGAAGAAGAGACUAAUGGAAGCAGAGGCGGGUAGAUACCAUGACAGUGGAGGCCAUUAUCCCAAUAUCCAUCAUUUAUCCUGCAUUGAUGGCCCUGAGAGGUACAGCAUCAUUGCAGAAUCCAACUUCCCAAUACAGCCCCAGCACUAUUCUUCUUUUCAAAACACAGAGCCCUACAAACUUGCCUAUGACUCACCAAGCGGUGCAGGGGAGGCCACAUCCUCACUCCAGAAGGCUUCCAACCAUAGAAUCUACAUGACACGGCCACCAUGUGGCUAUGAGUUUAGCAUGCCUGGCUACCUAGGGUCUGGUUCUUACACAGCUCUUUAUAAAGACUCUGGCAAUCCACAGCCCGACCCUGAUUCAAGCAAAGUGUGUAUGCCGCUCAGUGGAUCUCAACAUAACCUGAGCCCAUUGAACAUUCAUGAAAGGAGCUAUGAUACCCCGAGCAAGCACCACGGAUGGAAGCAGAUAUUGGGCAAAGGUGGAUAUGGUGAAAGGGGUGAAUAUGGACAAAUCCCAGCAAAUACCAAUCACCAUUACUAUAAUGGGGAAUACCCUUGUAGAUAUGGUGGACCUGCCCCAGCUAAUACCCCGGCUUUGCAGACAAUUAUAACUACUACCACCAAGGUGUCUUACCAGCCUUGCAAACCAUCAGUGGUCAAGUACAAUGAUAACCUUUAUGAUGUCAAAACCCUUCAAAACUCUUUGUUGGAAAAUGAUUCUGCAACAUCAUAUCCAGAAAUAAAGAUCCCAGAAGAUACCGGAGUAAUCAAAACAGCAUUAGCAUAUCAACCAGAAACACUGUCUACUAAAACAGAAAGAGCAGAGAGUCUGGAGAACUACAGAUACGGAAACUAUUCGUCCAGCAGUUACCCGGAACGCAUAGCACAUCCGUUUAGAUAUGAAAAUGAGGAAUACGGAAAUUAAUGGGAUGGAUUUCAGUCCCUUUAGAGACAGGUUCUUUGUUGGGUCUAUGCUUAAUAAGUAAACCUUAAACAAAUAUAUUGUUUAGCAAAAACAAUCCUGAAGGCAAAUGUUGUUAUGGCCUGUUCUUACCAACUGUUGUAAAAAUGUGAGAAGUUAUUUAUAUACAGCCGGUGUUGAUAAAACUAAAUGUUAUAUGUGUAUUUUCUUGCUUAACAAGGCAUGUUUUAGGUUAGACUUGCAAAGCACUUGUUCCAGUGAUAGUUUAUGGGAAUUCAACAAUUAUGGUUGGUUCCCAGACCCCACUAAGCUCAAAUUAUGGAUUGAUGUUACCUAAGACCACCUUAAUAAGGUAAUCCAAGAUUUGUGCUAAUCGGGGUUCGUGACACCAAUUGCAAAUGCUACCUUCAGUAAGGCAGUCCAAGAUUAAAGUGCUGCAAUGAAAAAAGGUACUAGGGGCAAACGGCAGCUAUUUUUAUAAAAUGUUAUCCUAAUUAUUAUUAUUUAAUACUUUGUUAUAUUUGCAUCAUUUGUCUUAAAAUAAGCCACCAAAAAAAAGUGAAAUUAAAGAAUGUCCCACUAAUACAUAUUCCCUUUUAUCACAUUAAAUUAUCAUUACUGUU